UGACAUUGCAACCUGCAUUUGUUACUUCCCCUGCACCAAAACACCAUGCACUACAAACCCAUAACUUCCAUUCCCCCCCACCUUCAAACCAAAAUUCCCAUUAUUCAACUUAAUUCUUACUUUUCUCUUCCACCCUUAAACUUCAAUAAUUCUUACUUUUCUCUUCCACCCUUAAACUUCAAUCACUCUGUAUCCUCCCUUUUCUUUCCUUCCAAAUCCUUCAAUAAACCCCUGAUAAAAAUUUCAUGCAAUUCUAAACCCUACUCACCUUCUCAAAUUCUUCCAAAACUAACUUGCAUUAGCCCUACCCAUGAAUUUUUGAUUGAAACUGAUGAAACCCAUGAAACCCAUGAACCAGAAUCUGAUAUUAAUGGUGUUGGAAUCAACCCAGAAAAUGAAAAGGUUCAAUCUUUGGGACCCACAAAAAAUAAAGUUAAGAAAAUGGAAAAUCAAACAAUGUUGGAUCUAAUUAUUGAAAUGAUCAAGUUUUGUGGACCUGCUACUGGAAUUUGGGUUUUUGGACCUUUGAUGAGUCUCAUUGAUACUGUUGUUGUUGGACAGAGUAGUUCAAUUGAGCUUGCUGCUUUAGGCCCAGGAACUGUGCUAUGUGAUUAUGCUGGAUAUGUGUUUAUGUUUCUUUCAGUAGCUACAUCCAACAUGGUUGCUACUUCAUUGGCUCAACAGGAUGAGAAGCAAGAGCAGCAUCAGAUAUCCAUGUCAUUAUUCUUAGGUCUGGCUUGUGGAGUGCUGAUGCUUUUGUUGACCAAAGGCUUUGGUGAAAGGGCAGUAACUGCUUUUGUGGGAGUCAAGAACGGGCACAUUGUGCCUGCUGCAAAUUCUUAUAUACAGAUUCGUGCCUUAGCUUGGCCUGCUAUUCUUAUUGGAUCCAUUGCACAGAGUGCCAGUUUAGCCAUGAAAGAUUCAUUGGGACCAGUGAAGGCGUUGCUAAUUGCCAUUGUUCUCAAAGGAAUUGGUAAUGUAGUUCUCUGUACCUUCUUAGGGUAUGGAAUAGCUGGUGCGGCAUGGGCAACUGCAAUGACACAAAUUGUUGCAGCAUACAUGAUGAUCGAUGUCUUGAAUACGAAAGGUUACAAUGGCUUUUCUUUUUCGGUUCCAUCACUUCCUGAAUUACGAGAGAUAUUCAAAAUUGCUGCCCCGGUAUUUUUGACCAUGGUUUCAAAGAUUGCCUUCUAUGGUCUAAUUAUAUAUGUUGCGACAUCUAUGGGUACACAUGUAGUGGCCGCUCAUCAGGUCUUACUAAAUAUAUACAGCAUAUGUUCCGUAUGGGGUGAACCCCUUUCUCAAACGGCGCAGUCAUUUAUGCCUGAGCUACUAUAUGGAUCUAACCUAAAUUUAGUGAAGGCGAGAUCUCUAUUGAAAUCUCUAUUGGUAAUAGGAUUGUCUAGCGGACUUCUUCUGGGAGCUAUUGCAGUUGUCAUCCCUAUGUUCGUUCCAAAUUUAUUCACGUCUGAUCCAGUCGUAAUCCAAGAGAUGCGCAAGGUUUGCCUUUAUUUAUUCGUUGCUGUAAGUGUAACGCCUUGUAUACUCCCAUGCGAGGGAACAUUACUGGCUAGCAAGGAUUUCAAAUUCAUUAGUACAUCGAUGAGUGCAUGUUUUGCUUUUGGCGUUCUUAUAUUACUGCUUGUGAAAAAUCGAGGAUUAGGCUUAGCGGGUUGUUGGAGUGCUCUUGUUGUAUUUCAAGCGACACGCUUCCUACUCUCUCUAAGACGCAUCCUUUUGAAGGAUCUUAAUCGCUUCAGAUUGGCCGAGUAGAAAGCAUCCUAGUUGUAGAUUCAAGCUACCAUUUAAAAUUUUGCUCAGCUUCAUGAGAAGAUUGUACUAGUAACUUUUUUUUCUUGCUAGGGUAGAUAAUUGAUCUUGAUCCUGCAAAUCUGCAAUUACUUAAAAGUUUCUAUUGUUUGCUUGUCUCAUAGAUGCUUCAAAUAUUGUACCGUUGUCCCACCAAAAUUUUGUAAUAUACGAGUUUUUUUAGUAUUAAAGUUUUAUUCUCGAUGAAAUAGAGAGAAUACUCA